AUGUUCAUCGGCAAUGCUUUCAAUUGCUACCCCUUCACUAUGCCGGCAGAGAUUCGACGUGGUAUCUUGCAGGAUGGUGCAUGGAUCAAGAAAGUCCCUUCCUACUACACGUCAACACAGGCAGCGCAAUUUUUGGCCUGCAUGGGUCUCGAUCUUGGAAUCAAUGAAAACGAUAUCGCGUCCGGUUCAGCCUCCACAUCUCUCAGAAGCUUGACGCUCAUCGUGAAGCACUUCCUCCUUACAUUCCCUUGGGAAAAUACUGUUAUGCAUUACACUCCUGGUCAUCUCAUGGAUGUGACCCCAGAAGGCAUAUUUAAACGAAUGAUCACAGAAAAGACGGGUGGAUCGUACUGCUUUGGGAUGAACAGUCUUCUGUUCGGUAUGCUACGUGCGUUGGGGUUCAGGGCGUACAGUGGUGCCGCAAGAGUGAAUGAAGGGUCUCCGGGUGGACCUUUGGAGUAUAGCACUCUCUCCCAUCACAUUAUCUUCGUCCAACCUGAAGCCGGUAGCAAUCGAACCUACAUUGUUGACGUCGGGUUCGGGUCAGGGCUCAUGCGACCCAUGUUACUUUCCAACGAAGAAGAUAACGUUAUUUUCGGUCUGAAUUCUUUCGAAAACCAUCGCCUCACACGAAAACCAACCCCCAAUUCGAACAUCAGUGCGAGCAUCGAAACUUCUGCAUCCUCUGGGGUACCAACCGAGAUCAAAUGGAACCUCGAGGUGUUGCACCAGAAGAAAGACGAUCGCGAUGUGGCGUGGAGGGUCCUAUACUCGUUUACGGAAGACGAGUUUCAUUUGAAGGACUUUCAGGCUGCCUCGUUCGCGGUGUCCAUGAUGCCGGUACCGCGAGGCCUUUUCUGGAAUAACAUCGUCUGUACCAAGACGUUUGUCCUCGAGGAGGAUCAUGCAGACCGUGGCAUGUCAGACACCAGCAUCAGAUCAGGGGAAGAAAUGUACCGGCUAGUCAUGGUUGGAAAGGAAGUCAAGAAACAUAUCGGUGGUGAAACGGAGAUUAUUAAAACCUUAGGCACUGAACUGGAGAGGGUCCGGGCGCUCCGCGAGUCUUUCGGUAUCGAUCUCCGAGGGGACGACGUCGUACACAUCGGAGGACGAGCCUCAGCUCUUGGUUGA